AUGGAGGCCGCUGUGAAAUCAAGCAAUAACAGCAACAGGCUCUUCCACAAGAUUGGCAAGCGUCUUCGUCCUACGAGAUCCGGGGAGCUUCUAUCUGGCGUUCCAACGCCCACAGCCGAUGACAGUCCAGUUUCGCCCGCGCUGAAAGACUUACCAGCUUAUACACCAGUGCCAGUUCCAGAAAGAAAAUCAAGUGCUAAGCGGGAAGCCACGGACCCAGAACAGCAGACUCAACCGCUUGUUCCACGUUCAGAUAAUCCCAACGACAGGCCUUUCAGACACAACUUCAGCUCUCAAGACGCAGACGACAUUUCACUGGGUCUGUCAGGCUUCGACGACGAUCUACUGAGACCAGCGUCUCCCGUCUCGCCCAUGGGUCCCCGCGCAGCGCCAGGCACUGCAAUGACUGAAGAUAGCGUCACACUUCCGCACAGGGGAGGUUAUGGUGUUCAACACGCUCUUUUCCCUCGGCCAACUAUCACCCCCUACCCGGACAGCCACAAUGUUAUCAGACAGCCCACGCCGGUGCAAGAACAUCAACAGCCACGAGGACGAACCAGGAAUCAAGCUCUACAGCCACCGGCACCGGUGUCAAAACCUCCAACCCCUGCUCCUUCUUCUUCUUCUCCCAAAUCUUCGUCUGCCAAGGAUUCAAUGGACGAGUCUUAUCAACACCUGGCGCCCAAAGUCCUCUCACCCCCAGAGUCGAUCAAAGACUACGCAGGCCCCGAGAAACUGGGCUCUGCCGCCCUAGCACAGCUGCAGGUUCCUUCUGCAGAUAAGAGUGACUGUCUCGAGACGGAGCUGAGUUACGAAGAUGAUCCCAACUCCUGGGACAUCAUCAAGCCCAAUCAGAGAUCUGAGCAGCAAUGGGACAAAGAUCUUUACUCUCUUGAGAAGCGCGCAGAGCAGUUGUACAGCGCAGAACAUUUGCAUCUGAUACUUGAGGACGCCGAUUUCCACGCCAAGUUUGCAGCAUUCCUCCACAAAUAUCGACCGUGGAGAGCACCACUGCUGUCAUACUAUCUCGAUGCCUGCAAAGCCUUGAAAGCACUCCAAUACACCAAUGCACUGACCGAAAUGCUUGCGAAACGAACGACUGUAUACGGCAACACAUUCCAGCCACCGAUCACACCUCCUGGUACCGCAGCCAACAACCAGCUCAAGGAUGCAGCUCAGCGCGCUUUCGAUGCACUUCUCAGCGAGGAUCUUCACUGGUAUAUUGCACACACGUACAUCGGCAUAGUGUGCUCAGUCAUGCGAAGUCGUGUCACCGGGAAUCUUCCAGCGCCACUCCGCGAAGCAAGUCAUGGCCUCGCAGAAGUGUUCUGUAUCACUGAUCCAACACGCAGGGACAACCCGAUCGUGCUUGCUUCUCCAGCAUUCACUCGUCACUCUGGCUGUAACAUGGACUACAUUCUUGGCCGAAAUUGUCGAUUCAUGCAGGGUCCAGGAUCAACAGUGGACUCGUGUCGACGUUUUGCGGUGUCGAUGGAGAAAGGGGUUGAUCACUCUGAGAUCUUCGUGAACUAUAGACGAGAUGGCAGCCCGUUCUUGAGCUUGGUCAUGAAUGCACUGCUCACAGACAGCCAUGGUAACAUUCGAUACUACCUCGGCGCCCAGGUCGACGUAUCCGGCUUGUUGAAGAACUGCACCGGUCUAGACAGUCUGACCCGACUAGUUGAGAAACAAGCCGUCGAAGCUCGCACAGGCAACGACCGACGUACCGGUAAAAGCGCAGAUGAAGCCAUGAGGCAAUUAAGCCAGAUGCUCAACGGUAAUGAACUUGACAUCGUCAGCGAGCAUGGUGGGCUUUUGCAGAAAGACAGCAAGCUGCGUGACAUCCAGGAGCAGAAGACCGCCACCCUCCAGCACGCAAACACUGGCAGACUGCCAAGCGGACCGCCUCGUGUGCUCAUCGCCGACGGCUCAUCCUCUGAUGAGUCGGACCGCGAACCCGAGGAGCCUGAGAUUGAGCAGUUCCCGAUACCCGUGGAGCGUCUUGACGCAGGCCUUCCUGCACCUGAAAUUAACCUCUCAGGCGUGUACAAAUACUACCUCCUCGUCCGCCCAGCACCAUCCCUCCGCGUCCUCUUCGCAUCCCCAACCCUCCGCUUCCCUGGCGUAAUCCAAUCCCACUUCCUGCACCGCAUCGGCAGCUCCAAGAUGCGAAACUCCCUCAACGGCGCGUUCCAAGAAGCAAAAGUCAUCACCGCCAAGGUCAAAUGGCUCAAGUCUCCCAAGCAGGACGGCGAUAACGAGACCGGUGAUCUACACGGACCCACCGAAACCAGAUGGAUCCAUUGCACGCCGCUGAUGCAUCAUACUGGCGCCGUCGGAUUAUGGAUGAUCGUCGUCGUCAUGCCGAGCGAGAAAGACGAGGACCACCACCACAACCUCAAUUCAAAGGCGAGUAGAGGCCUCAACCAUCAGACGUCGUAUCAGAGUGAGUCGCAGUCGCAGUCGCAGUCUGGACAGGUACGGCAGGAUAGAGUGCCGAGUCGAAUGGUGUCGUACCAGAGCGAGGGCAGCUCGAGCCGGCGAGAUGGGAUGAAAAUGAGAUAG